GAGCCUUGAGAGGUAGUCCGUUAAUAGUCCACGAUGAGAUUCGAACCCGUAACCUCCCGCUCCGGAGGCGACCGCCUUAUCCAUUAGGCCACGCGAAGUUAAUUGCUAUACCUAAGCAGACUUGAUUCGCCGAACUCUCACUUGUUAAUUGCUACUUCUGCGCCCUCCUCCUCCUCCUCCUCCUCCAUGAUGGCUUCCGCUAUUUCAAACGCGUUUCGUUACCCUCCUCCUCAAAUUGGUCAUAGGAGCUCCAAUACUACUCUUCGAGCUCCAAAGUCGCCGUCUUUCGUCAGGCUUCUUCCUAGAAGGGUGUUGCAGAGCAGGAUUGUGAUACGUGCUGCUUCGUCUUCUGCUGCUGGAAACCCACUGUCUGAUGGUGACUUUAACCCAUACGAGGUUCUUGGUGUUAACCCUAUAGAGGGCUUCGACAAGAUCAAGCAAACUUAUCAAAGAAAACUUAAAGAAGCUCAGAGGAGUGGUGAUGAAGCCACUGCUGCUCUACUUGAGAAAGCAUAUGACAAGCUCAUGUAUUCCCAGUUAAUGAAUAGGAAGAAAGGUGUGACUUUCGGUUCGUUUAAGGUGUCCAAGGACAUUAGAUAUGCUGAUAAGCAGCCCAUAAUACCUUGGGGUCCUAGGUAUUCCAAGUCCCCCAAGAACGAUAUGCUGAUCAACCUAGCAAUAUCAGCUGUGUUUAGUGCAUGGAUUGCCAUCCAACGUAGUGUUGAGUACAAACCGCUGCAGUUCAUGUCCUUUGUGUUCGUUUACAGAAUUUUUGAGAAAUUAAAAUCCUUUGAAGGCCCUUCAACUCCAACAUAUAACGAGGAAGGGGAAGAAAAUGGACGAGGAUUGAAAAUGGGAAAGAGGCUUCUUCGGUCUCUUUCGUUAGUUUUCGGUUCUAUACUUGUUGCAUCCUUGGCAUACACUGGGAUGUUAAAUGUCAUAGAGUACAUGGGCAGCUCCAUACCCAUUGCACUAUACAAUAACCAGGAACUUAUAAUCACUGCUUCAUCGGCUUUGAUGCUCUACGUCAUGGCGUCAUAUUACAGAUAAUGGGAGAGAGCACUAUAAGAGCUUUGAUCUACCAGGAGGUUUUGGAGAAGUUUUUUUUUGAUGUAUAACUUGUGGCUGCUAGAUGUUAACAAUUUGAGAUGAAGUUCUUUUCUUGGGAGAGAUUUAAAUUUAUCUUUUAUAAAUAUUUUGUUGUGGAAACAUCAAGUAAAGAGACUCUCGCUUGCUGAAAA